ACGAAAAGUUUAAGUGAAAACACAAGAAGCAAGCAGGGGUUUGAAAAUAUGAAGCGGUUUCUUUUAUUAAUGGUGUUAGCUAUUUUAUUUGUUUCAACUUUGGCAAAGACUUCUAAGAAAGAAAGUAAAGACGACGAUGAUGAGAAAGAAAAGGAGAACGAUGCUACAGAUUAUGGGAAUGUUAUCGGGAUAGAUCUUGGCACAACCUAUUCUUGCGUCGGCGUGUUUAAAAAUGGGCGGGUUGAAAUUAUAGCCAACGACCAGGGCAACAGAAUCACCCCAUCGUACGUAGCGUUUACUGAAAACGAUGAAAGACUUAUUGGUGAUGCCGCUAAGAACCAGUUGACCAGCAAUCCAACAAACACAAUCUUCGACGUUAAGAGACUCAUAGGGAGAGAUUGGGACGAUGAAAACGUGAAGAAAGAUAUCCCACAUUACCCGUUUAAAGUUGUUAAUAGAAGCUCACGCCCCUUUGUGCAAGUUAAAGUGAAAGGCCAAGACAAGGCUUUCAGUCCCGAAGAAAUAAGCGCCAUGGUCCUGGGUAAAAUGAAAGAAACGGCUGAAGCUUAUUUGGGCAAGAAAGUCACGCAUGCAGUGGUGACGGUGCCAGCUUAUUUCAACGACGCCCAGAGAAAAGCGACCAAGGAUGCGGGAACCAUUGCUGGUCUUACUGUUAUGAGGAUCAUCAACGAACCAACUGCAGCGGCCAUUGCGUACGGAAUCAACAAGAAAGGAGAAGAAUCUAAUGUCCUUGUGUUCGACCUUGGAGGGGGGACGUUUGACGUCUCGUUGUUAACCAUAGAUAGUGGAGUAUUUGAAGUUGUUUCCACCAACGGAGACACGCAUUUAGGGGGCGAAGAUUUUGAUCAAAGAGUUAUGGAGUAUUUCUUAAAGGUCUACAAGAAAAAGAAAGGCAAGGACGUGCGGAAAGACGUUAGAGCUGUACAAAAGCUACGUCGCGAGGUUGAAAAAGCGAAGCGAACUCUAUCGUCUCAGCAAAGCACUCGGGUGGAAAUCGAAAACUUUCACAAGGGCGACGACUUUUCAGAAACACUGAGUAGAGCGAAGUUUGAAGAACUGAAUAUGGACUUAUUCCGUUCUACAAUGAAACCUGUGAAACGUGUAUUGGAAGAUGCGGAUCUUAGUAUAACAGAGGUCGAUGAAAUAGUGUUGGUUGGAGGUUCAACUCGUAUUCCAAAGAUCCAGCAGCUUGUUAAAGAGUUUUUCAACGGGAAGGAACCGAACCGAGGUAUCAACCCUGAUGAGGCGGUCGCUUAUGGAGCUGCAGUUCAAGGUGGUGUUUUAACCGGGGACGAAAGCACGGGAAACAUCGUUCUACUUGAUGUGUGUCCUUUAACCCUUGGUAUCGAGACUAUGGGCGGGGUGAUGGCAAAGCUGUUACCACGAAACACCGUCAUCCCGGCUAAGAAGUCGUCGGUGUUUACCACUGCGGCUGAUAACCAACCGAUGGUCACGAUCAGUGUGUAUGAAGGAGAGCGAGCAAUGACAAAGGACAAUCACGUACUUGGUAAAUUUGACCUCACGGGAAUCGCACCUGCACCAAGAGGAAUGCCGCAGAUAGAAGUUACGUUUCAGAUUGAUGCAAACGGAAUAUUGCAGGUAUCAGCGGAGGACAAAGCAUCAGGAAACAAGGAGAAGAUCACGAUCAAGAAUGAUGAUAACAGAUUAUCGCAACAACAGAUAGACAAGAUGGUCAAGGACGCUGAAAAGUUUGCGGAAGACGACAAGAAGGUCCAAGAACGAGUUGGAGCCAUCAACGAUUUAGAGUCAUACUUAUACACGAUCAAGAACCAGAUAAGCGAUCAAAAGCUUUCCAAAGGAAUGCCAGAAGCCGUGAAAACCAAAAUUAAUGAAAAGUUGGACGCUGAGAUUAAGUGGCUUGAUAGCCCUGGAAAUAAGGACUUAACUACAGAUGAAUAUAAGCGAAGGAAAGAAGGAGUGGUUGAGUUUCUAAAGACGUACAUGCAACAGGGGGGAGAAAAUAAAGAGAAUAAGAAAGAGAAAAACCAGAAGCAUGAGAAAAAUGAAGAGGAAGAGAAAAACAACGAGGACGAAAAGACAGAGUUGUAAUGAAAAUGGGUUUUGGAUUUAUACUUGAAAUGGUGUUGUUUGAGACAUUUUUAAAAACAAUUGCGCGACUUAGGCAAAUAAUCUUUAAUUCGGUUUCUUGUGCAAUAAAUUUGUUUGUAUAA